AUGGGAACAAACCAGGGGGCGGUUGGCUACGGCCAGGUGCAGUUCCAACAGUCCGCUUUCACCCAGCAACAGGCGCCGCCGCCGCCGCCGCCAGAGACAGCAGUCCCGUCGUUGAUCGGAGUGACUGACCUGGACCCUCCGCCACCGCCGACCGCGCCCGAGUUUGUUCACGACUCCCGCGAGGAGAGUAGGGGUGGGUAUUGCGAAGUCUGCGACCGCAGUUUCCGGACAGCCGAGUUGCUGGAGUAUCACGAAGCCGAAGAUCACGUUUACUGCGACUUCGAACGGUGCAGCUGGAGUGGCCCACCGGACGCGUUGCUGGCACACAAGAUAGCUCAUAUAACGGACGCCAGUGGCAAGAAAUUGGCUGAAAGUCCGACUGAGACAGAAUUAUGGUUGCGUGCGCGAAAGCGCGCGCGUGCGGUAAACGGUCAAUUUUCCGCUGACGAGCGGGAAAGAGUCUUGUCUGAAGGUUCGUGUGAACUUAGCGUGCUGGAGAAGACGCUCCGAAGCGAGGCCGGCUUGGAUGCUAAGUCCAAACACUCCUCCAAACCCGCGUACAAAGUAUUUCCAUCUUUCAAUAAAUAUGUCAAAGUUUACAACCAGCGGAGGCGAGAGCUGUUGAGCGGUGCCAGAACGGACGGCGAAUUUCCGAUUUGUCCGAUCGCACUUUCUGGCAAACGAUGUACGCAGAUUUGCAAGAAGUCCCACGACUUGACAGCUUAUCGACGAUGGGAAUCCAACAGGCAUCGCAUGGGCACUAGAAUACACGGUCUCGCGAUGAUGCGCCAAGGAGUAAGGGUCAUGCUCCUUCAAGAUGAAAUUCAAACGUACGAGCAACAACUUCUGGUUGCACUUAAGGCCAUACACGAUACAAAUUAUCUCAAUGACUUCAAUAAUCCGGGGUCCGACGACAGUAUACGCACUAUAUAG